GCGGUAGAACAAGCUGCCCACCGCCAUUAAGAGGCUGAAGAAGAGGCUGAAGAAGAGGAGGAAGAGGAGGAAGAGGAAGAGUGUGCAGCUGUUAGCAGCUGUUAGCAGGUCCUCUGUUACCACGGCAACCGCUGUGGGCGUGCUCUGGUUGCCAUGGCGAACAGUACCGGGGUCCAGGCCUCAGACCACACCUCCUCUCCGGACGAGGAGCUAACGAAGACUGAUGGCCGCCGGCCCCGUCGCCAGGGAGCCGCCGUCCCUGGCAGACGGGGUCAGAGAGGGAAGAGGCGGGCUGCGGAGAAGAGGCGGGGCCCCGGUGAGAAGAGGCGUGGUCAGAAAGAGAAGAGGCGGGGUCAGGAGGAGAAGAAGGAGGGCGUGACGGUGAAGAGGACGUGGAGCGACGGGAAGCGGCGUUGGGAUAAGAAGCAUUACUGCGUGUUCUGCCGCCGGCCGCAGGUGAAGAUUGCUCGCCACCUGCUGAGGAAACACGCCGACCAACAGGAAGUGGCGACCGCCAGCACGCUGCCCACAGGCUCCAGACAGCGCCACCUGCUGCUGGAACACCUGCGCUGCAGGGGCAACUACAUGCACAACAUUGAGGUGAUCAGACAGGGCAGUGGCGAGAUCGUCCCUUGGCGUCAGCCUUCAGAGGAAGUGGAUGCGAGGAACUACCUGCCGUGCCCGCUAUGCCUCGGUUUCUUCCUGCGUGCUGACCUCUGGAAACAUCAGGCGUCCUGUCGUAGGAAGAUGACCUCUGACCCCUCCAAAGACUCCGCCCCCUCAGCAGAGACAACCUCUGACCCCGUCGUGGAGUCCACAGGUAAGCUGGACUGCGAUCCAGCAGACAAUAGAUCCUCCACAGAGGACAGACCGCCAUUAGGAGAGACCGCCACAGCAGAGCAGAUCGGCACCAAACGGCCCGCUGUGGACCAGAAUGUGACCUCUGACCCUGGUGUGGACCAGAAUGUGACCUCUGACCCCGCUGUGGACCAGAAUGUGACCUCUGACCCCGCUGUGGACCAGAAUGUGACCUCUGACCCUAGCACCGACCGGCCCAGGAAGCGCAGCAGGGUCCAGGCUGCAGCGUCCCGCCUCCUUCCGAUCUCCAGCGGUGCGUCUGAGAGCUGUAGCGAAGUCCUGCACCGCAUGAACCAGGACCACGUCUCCCACCAGGUCAAAUCUGAUUGGUUGAUCUGUAAAUAUGGAAACAAGCUGAUGGGGAACCAAGAUGGUGGCCAGAGGAGGUACGACUACGUCAGUCAGAAGCUAAGGGAGCUCGGCAGGUUCCUCCUGGCCGCCAAGUCUCUGGACUCUGGUGUCCAGACCCUCCAGGAUCUCCUGGCCCCAGGGCGCCUCAGCCUGGCUCUUGCUGCCGCCAGGAAGGCGUCUGGGUACCGCUGGAGCCGGCCCCCGCUGGCAGUGAAGACCACGCUGAAGACGGUUUGUGAAAUCGCCAUCGGAGAGAGUCUGCAGGACGGAGACUGGGAGGCUGCGGCCAAGACCACCGACUUCUACCACCUGCUGGGGAGAGAGUGGGACAGCCUGGGUCUGCUGGACCCUGACACAGGUCCACCAGAGACCAGUACCCGACCAGUGACCACCCUAGAGUCCAGACUGCAGACUCCAGUCACAGUCCCAGCAGGGCCUCGGAAGGUGCGGCGCCGGCCCUGGUCGUCUGCAGAGAAGGAGGCAGUCUGGAGACAGUUGGGAGUCCAUGUCCUGGUCCAGUCAGUCCCUGGGAAGGAGGUCUGUCAGCGCUGUCUGGACCUGGAGCCAGUCCUCAGAGGCCGGCACUGGAAGGACAUCAAGAACCAGGUCCACAACCAAAUCCAGAGCCAGAAGAAGCAGCAGUUCCAUGCCCAGAUGGACCAGCAGGACCAGGAACAGCAAGACCAAAUCCAGAACCAGAAAAAGCAGCAGUACCAGACCCAGAUGGACCAGCAGGGCAAGGAUCAUAUUCAGAACCAGAAGAAGCAGCAGUACCAAGUUCAGAUAGACCACCAGGACCAAAUUCAGAACCAGAAGAAGCAGCAGUACCAGGCUCAACUGGACCACCAGGACCACCUGAUCCACAAAAAGCAGCUGUGCCAUUCUAGACUAGACCACCAGGACCACAUCCAGGUCCAUAAGAAGCAGCUGUACCAGAUGGAGACCCAGGGACUGCAGACCCCCCUGGAUCGGGACAGUUCUGUACUGACAGGUCCACUUUAUGCACCCGAUGGACCUCAUCGAGGCCCUGGACAGUCUGUGCUGGAGCGGGACCCCUCCAUCAGUCCGUACCCUCACAGGACCCUGGGGCCUCACAUGGACCAGCUGCUGUCCAGGACUGAGUGGACUGACGAGACCCUGACCCAGCACUACGUAGUCAGCAGGAACCUGAUCCAGGACCUGGCCCCGGGAGGACCGCCAGCUAAUCCUCAUUCUGGACAUGUCCACUUCUAAUGGACCUGUCCUGUCCAAGGGGACCCUGACUAGGACUGAAUAAGGGGUCAUCACUGGAACCGGUCUCCAGUAAAACCAGUGUCAGUGUCAGUGUUACCAUGGUAACGCAGUGCAAGAACUGACUGUCGACAAACAACAAUUUAUAUUUAAUAAUUAACCUGAAGUUGUUUCAGCGUACCUCGUUCAACAAGUAACAGUUACUGACUAAUUAACUGGCUCCCAACUGGCUCCUCUUCCUCCUCUUCCUCUCCUGUCACUGCCUGAACCCGCCAGGUCUUCAUCCCCAGAGUCAGAGUCCUGGUCGGAGCCAUUGGAUAUCAGUUGGCCUCCGUCGGCCCGCCCCACUCGGGUUCUGUGGCUCAUUUGGGCCCGCUCCGGUUCUGUGGUUCACUAAGACAUUAAUAUUUUAUAUUUUGUAAAAUGUUAAAUUGAAAAUUUGCACAAACUUUCUAAAUAAAAAAUGAAAUUAUGUUUUA